CGAACGAGAGGAGUCUCCGCGGACGAAGCUCAAAAUUGUCAACUCGUCAUAUGUAAGGAACGAACGGCACGCGCGGCACAAGAAGCAGCCAACCAACCCGGCCGCACUCCAAAAAGAACUCCCUCCCGCCGCCGCCCCCCCCAACGCAAUCUCGCAGCAAAACACACUCUUGCAACACACUACUUACAGCAACCGAGACACUACCAUACCUCCAAAGGGUCCCUGUUUGUAGCCUGCCACUUUGCUGUGAUUAGUUCAUAUCGGUGUAGCCGCCGAAAGGUGUUCCAUGGCAUAGACCGGGACUAGACUUGCGCGCGCAUUCGACCUUUCUCAAUACGCAUUGUCCACGAGGGCAACUCAUAUUCUCAACAACAUGGCGGACGAUACGCACUCGCGGGACGUGGAGGCCAAGAUAGCCGAUCUCCAGAAGAAGAUCGAAAUCGAAGAGAAAUGUCGCGACGGCGCCAAACACAUGCUCGCACAGUUGACGGACCCCAACGCCGCACAGCAAUGCGAAGUGAACCUCAUCGAAUCCCAAAAGCGGCUGACAUUCCUGACGAAUGAGCUCAAUAAGCUGCAAUCGAGGGUGGGCGGUACCGCGUAUCCGGGACUCUUGCCUUUACCGCCCGGCCAUUUCUCCACCGAGCCGCGAACCAUGUCCGAGGGCGGCUUUUCGUCUGUGCCGAGAAUGGGUAGCUCUGUUGAUGCCACUGGGAUGAGCAGAAGCAACCCCGGUCUGGGGCCCAAACGGCAUUCGGACCCUGGCUCCAUCAAGGACGUGAAGAUUGACGAACCCCGAGCGUCCGUCCCGAGACUGUCGAUAACGGCGAGCGUGCUGGGCUCGUUGUUGCAUUCGCUCGGUGUUCGCAGCAAAACAAACCUAGGAAUGACAAAGUCGCCACCGGGGUCCAGUGCGACUUCCCUAAGCUCGCUACCUGGGGGCGAGCAUGCCAGCAAUCCCGCACUCACUCAAUUCGACUACCACAAGCGCGACACAGCCAUCACAUCCGACAAAGUCAAGUACAUGAUGCAGGAGAUCAAAGGCAAGCUCGACAUUGAGCUCAAAGUGAAAGCGGGCACGGAGCGGAUGCGGGAGGUUGUUGCGAAGACACCCGACUCGGACGCGAAACGGAAGAUGGAGGUGGAUGAGAAAUGGGCCGAGUCCAGCGCAAAGGUCGCGCUGUUGCAAAAGGCACAGCAGCGGUACCAGACACUGUAUGUGCAGGACGAUGGGGAUGUGCCGCCAAGGGUUUCGAUCACUGCCGAAGCCGAGGAACCACGGACAUCAACACCCCGCCGCCGCAAACCCUCCAUCGGACGCCUCAAAAUCCGCCUCUCCGCCGCCACCGCCCUCCCCAACCGCAAAUCCUCUAAAUCCGACACCUACGCCGUCAUCCGCGUCGACGGCAUGCAACGCGCCAAAUCCAAACCAUCCCGCGCCGGCAAAUGGAACGAGGACUUUGAAGUCGAUCUCGACAAUAAAGCCCAGGAGCUCGAGAUCGCAUUGUAUGAAAAGGGAGGCUCGUUGCUGUCGCUGUGCUGGUUUAAGCUGUGGGAGCUGGAGGAAGAGCUCAGGGCUAAACAGAAUGGAGCUUUGUCGGCUGGGACUGUGGGAGGGAGUGCAAAUGCGACCGCGGCGACGCUGAAGAGGGAUACGAGCUCCCAGAGUCUGUCGGCGAAAGAUGGUGCAACGACGGAAGCAGUGGCGGGGCAGAGUGCGCAUGACACGGUUGAGACAUGGCUGGAAAUGGAGCCUGCGGGGCAGCUGUUGGCGAGGUUUCAGUUGGUGUCUGUGCAGAAGAAUAAGCGUCGCAAGGACGGUCUAUUACGGCGGCGCCCCGUCAAGAAAGUUUUCCCCAAACGCGGCCACAAAUUUGUCGCGAUGCAAUUCUACCAGGUUAUGAAGUGCGCCGUGUGUACGGAGCUCCUUAUUAGCGGGCAGGGGCAUCAGUGUCAAUUGUGCAAGUUCACUUGUCAUAAGAAGUGCCAGGGAAGGGUACUGGCGAAGUGUAUUACGAAGGGGAAUGAGGAGAAGGACGAUAACGAAGCCGGCUACGACCAACUCCUCAAACACCGCAUCCCCCACCGCUUUGAACCGACGUUGAACGGCAUGUCCGCCAACUGGUGCUGCCACUGCGGCUACAUGCUCCCCUUCGGCAACAAAAAGCAAGCCCUGAAAUGCUCCGAAUGCAGCGCAACCUGCCAUAAGGAGUGCAUGCAUCUCAUCCCCAACUUCUGCGGCCUCAACCCAGGCCUCAUCACCCAGAUCCUAUCGGCCCUCGACCAGGCCGAGCGGCAGAAACGGGAUAAGGAGAUGAUGCGGUUGGAGGAGGAUCGGGCCAAAAAGGCGGCAUUGGAGCAACAGCAGCAACAACAGCAACAGCAACAGCAGCAGCAGCAGCAGAGAAAGUCGCUCCCGCCACCGGGACAACCGACGGCGCCCCUGAGAGGCGAGUCGGCGGGCUCGUCGCAGCAUUUGGCGUUUGGAGCUACGCGGCCGAAUGUGGGGAAGGGUGCGGCGGGAAGGUUGGACAGUCUUGGAAGCGCGGGCGCUAAAGGGAUUGGGUUGGAUGAUUUUGAGUUUAUUGCUGUGCUUGGGAAGGGGAACUUUGGAAAGGUCCUCCUCGCCGAAGAACGCUACAGCAAACAGCUCUACGCCAUCAAAGUCCUCAAAAAAGAAUUCAUCAUCGAAAACGACGAAGUCGAAUCUACAAAGGCCGAAAAACGCGUCUUCCUCGCCGCAACCCGCCAGCGCCACCCGUUCCUCGUCAACCUCCACUCCUGUUUUCAGACCGAGAGCAGGAUCUACUUUGUCAUGGAGUAUGUCAGUGGAGGCGAUCUGAUGUGGCAUAUACAGCAUCAGCAGUUUUCGGAGAAACGGGCUAAGUUUUAUGCGGCUGAGGUGCUUUUGGCGUUGGAGUACUUUCAUAAGGAGAAUAUUAUCUAUCGCGAUCUGAAGCUCGACAACAUCCUCCUCUCCGUGCACGGCCACAUCAAAAUCGCCGACUACGGCCUCUGCAAAGAAAACAUGUCCUACGGCGCGACCACCAACACCUUCUGCGGCACGCCCGAGUUUAUGGCCCCCGAGAUCCUGCUCGACAAACCCUACGGACGCGCCGUCGACUGGUGGGCCUUUGGCGUCCUGAUCUAUGAGAUGCUGUUGGGGCAGAGCCCGUUUCGGGGCGAGGAUGAGGAGGAGAUCUUUGAGGCGAUUUUGGAGGAUGAUAUUUUGUAUCCGGUGAAUAUGGCUAAGGAGGCUGUGUCGCUUUUGCAGAAGCUCCUAACAAAAGACCCCGCAAAACGUUUGGGCGGCGGCAAGAACGACGCAGACGACAUCAAGAAGCACCCCUUCUUCCGCGGCGUCGAUUGGGACGCUACGCUGGCGUUGCAGGUCCCGCCGCCGUUUUACCCCAAAAUCUCCUCACCAACAGACGUCUCCAACUUCGACGAAGAAUUCACCCGCGAAGCCCCCGUCCUCACACCCUGCACAUCCGUCCUCUCCGCCGCGGACCAGGACGAUUUCAGAGGAUUCACCUUCGUCGCCGAGUGGGCACAACAGGCUCGGAAUCAGGCGUUGGCGGAUAUCGCGGCUGCCAAGAGCGGUGCCGCGGCCACGAGUCCAAGGGCGAAGAGGAUGUCGGCCGCGGGGAGUCGGUAGUGGGCGUUGCCAAUACCUUGAUAUGAUGUCUCCUUCCCUUGUCUCCCUGUCAAUCUCGACACAGACUCACACGCGCCUUCCCAUGUCGCGUCUCUCUACACAUCCUCACUACCCCCAUCAUUCCUUACACACACUAUACAUAUAUGCAACCCUAAUCCCCUCCCCCCGUGGGCCCGGACCCCGCCCGGUUCCGGCUUGUUUUGCGUGUACAUGCAGGGCGACGUUGUGUCGUAAUCAUACCAUAUCAUACCGUUCA